UCUGGGAGCAUGUGCAAGCUGUAACAAAUAUGGCGGCGGAGCACCGGCGCCAAGCUGCUUCCUUGAUGUUUGGAGCAACAUGGCGGUCGUGGCUUCGCAUAAGGACGACACUGAGAUGUCCUGCAGUUGUAUUAGAGUCACAUAAUUAGCGGGAGACCGCAUUUUAGACUUCAUUUCUCAAUUAUUCACAACCAGCACGUCGUCGAAACAUUAGCUUGGAAGCGGUUAUCACGGUGUUUGCCGGGUUUUUGAGGCAUUUACGUCGAAGUUAGCGUUCAAAUGACAACGGGCUAUUGAACCAGGGUUCUUAACACCGUCUGGGAAAAUUUUCAUAAAUAUGGACGAGUGGGAAGAAGAGGAAACUAAAGCAACUACAUUUCCAGCAGCCAGCUAUUCCUCUAAUGAUGCGGCAGGAAGAGACUCAUGGAAAAGUGAUCAUGGUGAAUUUGGACGAGGUCGAGGAGGCAAAGGGAGAGGCAGAGGAGGAUUUUGGAACUCCAGCGCAGACGGAGAUACUAGGGAUUCUAACGAAGACGGGGAAAGACAUGGUUUCAGUGGGAGAGGCGGUAGAGGGCGUGGCCGAGGAUUCAACAGGAUGAACUCAGAGAGUUUCUCUGAGGAUGGUGAUGGAGCUCAUGAGAAUGGGUUCAGAGGGCGAGGAAGAGGAGGUCGGGGAGGAAGAGGAGGAUUCAGACAAGAUGCUGAACAGGGAGGAAGAGGAGGCUUCGGUGGAGGUUACCGUGGAAAAGACGAAGAGACCUUCAAUCCAGGAGAAGACAAAGGUCCAGUCAAGGACGACCCUGAUGGUGAAAAACCGAGAGUCACAUACGUUCCUCCAACGCUCCCUGAAGAUGAAGAGACCAUCUUCUCCCACUAUAAGAGUGGAAUCAACUUUGACAAGUACGACGACAUCUUGGUGGACAUCAGUGGCACCAACCCCCCCAGGGCCAUCAUGACCUUUGACGAGGCGGCCAUGUGUGAGUCCCUGAGUAAAAACAUCAGUAAGUCUGGCUAUGUGAAGCCGACCCCGGUGCAGAAGCAUGGCAUCCCCAUCAUCUCUGCAGGCAGAGACCUCAUGGCCUGCGCCCAGACCGGCUCUGGGAAGACGGCCGCUUUCCUGCUGCCCAUCCUGCAGCAGCUCAUGACGGACGGCGUGGCGGCCAGUCGCUUCAGUGAGACGCAAGAACCUGAAGCUGUCAUAGUCGCUCCAACCAGAGAACUCAUCAACCAGAUCUACCUGGAGGCCAGGAAGUUUGCUUAUGGGACGUGUGUCCGACCCGUUGUGGUCUAUGGAGGAGUCAACACUGGACACCAAAUCAGGGAAAUCCUGAAAGGCUGUAAUGUGGUGUGUGGAACUCCUGGACGUCUGCUGGACAUGAUUGGAAGAGGGAAGGUGGGAUUGGGUAAGGUGCGGUACCUGGUGCUGGACGAGGCCGACCGGAUGUUGGACAUGGGCUUUGAGCCAGACAUGCGGCGCCUGGUUGGCUCCCCAGGGAUGCCGUCCAAGGAAAAUCGUCAGACUCUGAUGUUUAGCGCCACCUACCCUGAAGACAUCCAGAGGAUGGCUGCCGACUUCCUAAAGCCGGAUUAUCUGUUCUUGGCUGUGGGCAUUGUGGGCGGAGCCUGCAGUGAUGUGGAACAGAAGUUUGUACAAGUCACUAAGUUCUCCAAAAGAGAGCAGCUGCUUGAUAUCCUCAAAACCACAGGAACGGAGCGUACCAUGGUGUUUGUGGAGACCAAGAGACAAGCAGACUUCAUCGCUGUGUUCUUGUGCCAGGAGAAAGUUCCAACCACCAGCAUCCAUGGUGACCGAGAGCAGAGGGAACGGGAGUUGGCUCUGACAGAUUUCCGCUCUGGAAAAUGUCCUGUUCUGGUGGCCACCUCUGUAGCUGCCCGCGGUCUGGACAUUCCAGAUGUUCAGCAUGUGGUGAACUUUGACCUCCCAAAGGACAUCGACGAAUACGUCCAUCGUAUUGGGAGAACUGGGCGCUGUGGGAACGUUGGGAGAGCCGUGUCGUUCUUUGACCCAGAGGUUGACGGGGCGUUGGCCCGCUCCCUGGUCACAGUUCUGUCCAAGGCGCAGCAGGAAGUGCCGCCUUGGUUAGAGGAGUCUGCCUUCAGCAGCCAUGGCGCCGGCUACAACCCCAGGAAAACAUUUGGCUCCACGGAUUCCAGAAAGACGGGCUCCUUCCAGGAGAACAGUGGGCCGAGCCAGGCUGCUGCCCAGGCUGCAGCUGAUGACGAGGAAUGGGAGUGACGCUUCUCCAGAUCCCAGACUGUUGAUUUGGUUCUUUGGUUCACUUGUUGUUUCAGUGUUUGUUAAAUGAAUCCUGGGGAACCUCAGCUUGUGAAUGUUGAAUGUAGAACCCCGGGCUUGCAUGCAGCUUUUUUUUUACUUGGUGAUAUUGUGAAGUUUUGAUUUCAAUUUUCGAUAAAUUAAAACUGUCAGUCUGCUGAUCAGA